ACCUCGCGUGAAUAGAAACAUUUAGUAACGUAAUACUAGUACACAGUGUUAUUUGUACAGCUGGAAAACCGCAACUAAAUUAAGCUACUCUACGGAAAACUGGCAGCUCGUGCCUACUGGAGACCUUCGCUGGUGGAUCGAUUUGCCAGCCUAGUAAUGGCGACGAUUCCGGUUUAUUCCCCUACUAUUCCCUUUUUGGGUCUUGUACCGGGUGGCCUUCGCCCUGGUAGCAUGAUCCGCAUCAAAGGCGUCAUCAACAACCACGGCGAACGUUGUCAAAUCAACAUUCAAACGGGAGCCGCCCUCAAUCCACGCGACGACGUCACCCUGCACAUUAGCAUUCGCCCGAACGAGUACGCGACCGUGCGCAAUACAUUGCAAAAUCAAGUUUGGGGCGUCGAAGAGCGUCAUGGUGGCUGUCCGAUUCAUUACGGUCAGCAGUUUGAGCUGUUGAUACUGAUCGAGGUGAACAUCUAUAAAAUUGCGAUAAAUGGAAACCAUUUCUGUAGCUUCAAUCACCGAAUGUCGGUACAUACGGCGAGAUUCGUGUCGAUCAGUGGGGGUUGCGUGAUCCAUUCGAUUACCAACGAGCUGGACAAUAGUGGUCCUCCAGCACCACCCUAUCCUGGCCCCAUACCUGGUAUUAAUCCACCACCAUACACACCACCCAUGACGCCGUAUCAACCACCGCCCCCACCCCCGGGCGGAAACAUAGGAUUCGUUCCUGUUCCACCACCGAUGCCACCACCCCCACCGUACACACCAUCACCCGGAUAUCCCGUUGGUGGUCAUAGUCCUCAUUAUAAAGGCUACCAGCAAUACCCUGGCCAUCGUGGAACUGCUCCCUUUUCGCCAAACGAAACUCCUGCGGCAACUGCUCCUGCGUCGUCAAACAGUAGUCUCAGCCACGAGCCGGCAAACGGCAAACCAAAGUCAAUGAUGGACAGUGUAUCCAGCGGUUUUGAGCAAACGAGGAAUUUUCUUCAUGGGGCCAUUUUUGGCAAACCGACGACGGCUACGGCCCCAUAUCCUCGGCAACCUACAGCGCCAUAUGGUCCUGGAAUAAAUCAACCAGCGGCACCAUAUGCGCCAACGAAUACCUAUCACAAUCAGCAACCAUCGGCUCCUGGUUAUCAAAAUCAACCAUUCUAUCCAGCGGCAGGCACUUCAGCCUACAACACAAAUCAUCAACAUUCCGGUGGCUCAGCGGCAUCCUCAGCUGUUGGGCUUGCUUCUGGUGCGGUUGCAGCUGGCACAGCUGCAGCUAUGCUACACAAAAUUCCUAAGAAAAAGGCGAAAAAGUUUUUGAAGUACGGUGCAGGUGCGGGAGCUUUAGGUCUCGGAGGUUACGCAGUUGGUAAAAUGCUGAAAAAACGAAGUAGUAGUAGUAGCAGUAGCAGCAGCAGUAGCAGUGAUUAAAAACCUAUAUAGUAAAGUCCAAUAUUAUCCAUUUCUUACAGACUUUUUAUUCUAAUAAAGCUAUAGAAUAGUU